UGUGUGGCAUCACCUCAGUUGAGUGCGCGUCCUUUCUCCACCACAUCUGGACCCAUCAUCCAACCCAUUCCUAUUUUUCAUUCUUUUCUUGUGAUGUGAAAAUACCCACCCCCUUGUUCUUUGCCUGGGGAUUAAGAGUUCCGACAAGUUAAAUAAAAUCACGCGAAAAUGUCUCUGGAAUCAGAGUCAAUGACAGAGUCGCGGCUGGGGUUCUCUUCGCCCCUAAUGCUGCCACUCAUCGCCACAACCAUCUCCCUCUGUGUCGUCUACAUUUGGAUGCAGAGUCAGAGGAUUACAAAGAUGGGCCAUGCCCUACCAGGACCACCAACUCUGCCCUUCGUGGGCAAUGCUCAUAUUCUCAUGGGAAAGACGCACUCAGAAAUCUUCGAAUUCGUUCUGGAACUUAGUAAUGGUUUUGGGAACGUAAUCAGAGCCUUCUUGGGAAACAGCCUUGUUGUCUUCCUCACGCAUCCUGCCGACAUUGAGAUCAUCCUCAAUAGUCAGGUGCAUUUGGACAAGUCAGAUGAGUAUCGCUUCUUCAAGCCCUGGCUCGGUGAUGGCCUGCUCAUCAGCUCAGGCGAUCGCUGGCGUAGCCAUCGGAAGAUCAUUGCUCCUGCCUUCCACAUGAACGUCCUCAAAUCCUUCGUGAACACCUUCAACAGCAACAGCUUGGCUGUUGUGGAGAAGAUGCGCGGAGAAGUUGGGAAGGAGUUUGACGUGCACGACUACAUGAGUGCCGUGACGGUGGAUAUCCUCUUGGAGACAGCUAUGGGAACUGAGAGAACAAGGAAGGGGAAUGAGGGCUUUAACUACGCCAUGGCGGUUAUGAAGAUGUGUGAUAUCCUCCAUGCACGACACAUGAAGUUCUACCUUCGUUUCGAUACGAUUUUUAACUGGUCAAGGCUGAAGCAGGAGCAGGAGAAGCUCCUUAGUGUCAUUCAUGGUCUAACGAAGAAGGUGAUCAAGAAGAAGACGCUGAUUUAUGAUGAAAACUUGAAGAAGGGUAUCCUUCCGUCGCCUUCGCUGAAUGAAAUUAUCUCCCAGGAUUCCUACAGCCAGCCUGAUGUAAAGAAGACUCCAAAGAGCGACAGCAAAGGACUCAGGGAUGAUCUUGAUGAAAUUGAUGAGAACGACAUUGGUGAGAAGCGACGUCUGGCCUUUCUGGACUUGAUGAUCGAGACUGCCAGGGGAGGAGCUGGAGCUCUCUCUGAUGAAGAUAUUAAGCAACAAGUGGACACAAUUAUGUUUGAAGGACACGACACAACAGCUGCCGGAUCUAGCUUUGUUCUGUGCUUAAUGGGAACUCAUCAGGAUAUUCAGGAGCGCGUUUACAAAGAACUAAAGCAGAUCUUUGGAGACUCAGAACGACCCUGCACGUUUGCCGAUACUCUGGAGAUGAAGUACUUGGAGCGCGUUAUCAUGGAGUCCCUUAGGCUCUACCCACCAGUACCUUUGAUCGCUAGGAAGAUCCAACAGGACGUGAAGCUCAACACAGACAACUACGUCCUGCCUGCAGGAUGCACAGUGGUGAUUGGGACAUUUAAGCUCCACCGCCGAGGAGAUAUCUACCCCAAUCCCGAAGUCUUCAACCCAGACAACUUCCUCCCUGAACACACCCAGAACCGCCACUACUACAGCUUCAUCCCCUUCUCAGCUGGACCAAGGAGCUGUGUUGGCCGCAAGUAUGCUAUGCUGAAGCUCAAAGUUCUCCUCUCCACAAUCCUCCGAAACUACAAAAUCAACUCCACCUGCACGGAGAAGGACUUCAAACUCCAAGCCGACAUUAUCCUAAAGCGUGCUGACGGCUUCAGGCUCUCCCUUGAGCCACGUCAGAAGACCAAAGUGGUCUAAGGACUCCUCCCGUUUUGUUAAGUUAAACACAUCUUAGGAUCGGAUUGUAAAAUAAUUAUUUUUCGUUCUGUAAUGAGGUUUAUUUUUUUGUAUAAAUAAAGAAGCAAUUUAGUGCCCAAUUGGGGCCAAAAUCAACAA